UCUGAAAAAGUAGAACUGCAAUUGCAGAUUCUGCCUAUUGAAAAACAAAUUUUGGAAGCAACUACUACUGAAAGCAAUAGUCUUAUUUCCAAAAUGAAGACUUUAUCAAACCUUUUGGCUACUAUGUAUAGCAAUACUUCAAAUUAA